ACCGAGAAAAUCACAUGUAUUAUUGGUGUCCCCGGUGUCAAUUUCGUGUUUGGGGCAUUAUUCGUGUAAAUAUUUUUUUAAACACGUUCGUAACACGUAUUACAAAAACGACUUUCAAACGGAUUCUUUAUCACCAAUUUUCUCGUUCAUAACACAUGUACAACCCGAGAAUUACAACAACCCGAAACUCGUGUUUUCGAACACCAGAAAUUCACGAGAAUUUCUAGUGUUGUUGGUCACAGAAACCUAAAUGCUGCUCUCUCCGUUGUAAAGAAAGAGGGACAAUUCUUUAGUUCGAGAUGAGUAAUGGAGAAAGCACGAUCAAGAAAAAUAUUCCGAAAAAGGCACACACACAGAGUUCACCAUCACCCGAAUAUUUGAUUUUUGAAGCAGAUGACAUCUCGGAUUAUUCUGACAAUAAUUUAUCCACGCAGUCAAAUCUAAGUGAUAGUGAUUCUGAACAGUCUAAUACGGAAAGUAGUGCAAGUGAUUUAAGGGGGUGGGCACUAAAGCAUAACAUUACAUUCUCUGCUUUAGGAGAUCUGCUGGAAAUUUUGAAUCGACAUCCUAAUUUUGAUUUACCGAAAGAUCCUAGAACACUUUUAUGCACUCCAAGAUCGACUACAAUUGAAAAGGUGGAGCCUGGCGAAUACGUACAUUUUGAGUGGAUUUCAUCCGUCGAAAAGUUAAUUCAAGUUCCAACAGCAGACUAUAUUAAAAUUCAAAUUAAUAUUGACGGAAUCCCCCUCUAUAAAAGCAGCACAAGACAAUUCUGGCCCAUUUUAGCGAAAAUUGUAGAAUAUAAUCAGGUCGGUGUAAUUGGAAUUUAUUCUGGUUUUGGAAAACCUACAAAUAUUAAUAAUUUUUUGAGACAGUUUGUCAACGAAUUCAACACCAUAGAGCAAUCUUCGAAUUUAAAACUUAAAAUAUCUGCAAUUGUGUGUGACGUCCCAGCAAGAUCAUUUAUUUUGGGGACAAAGUGUCAUAAUGCUUAUAGUUCUUGUGGAAAGUGUGACAUAAAGGGUGAAUAUUUGGAUAAUAGAGUUACCUUUCCACCAGGAAAUUAUAAUUUAAGAAAUAACGAAAAUUUCCGAUCAAAAUUAGAUACAGCACAUCAUAAUCAAGCCUCAAUAAUAGAAUUACUACCCAUUGAUUUAGUAGAAGAUGUGCCAGUCGAUUUUAUGCAUCUUGUGUGCCUGGGAGUGACCAGAAAAUUACUAUUUUUAUGGGUGAAAGGAAAAAAAUGUCCAGGUCGUCUGCGUCCUUACCAAGUUGACCAAUUAUCCACUAAUUUGCUAAAAAUCAAAACCUCAAUACCAAAAGAAUUUUCAAGAAAACCACGUUCAAUUAGAGAUCUCGAACACUAG